AUGCAGUCAAUAAAAGCCAGAGGAUGUGAAGAUGGCCAAGCAUUUGCAUUGACUCGCGUGUGCCAACCCGAUCGUGAAAUUAAGCGAAAGGGUCCAUUUUCCACUCUGGCCAACUGUUUCAAGAGAGUGGACCCGGUUGAGAGCACCAAACUCUCCCUUUGGCUGGAGACACAGGGGAAACACAUCACGUCUUCCACGAUGACAUCCUUGGAACUGGAGCUGACGUCAGUCCGGCAAUAG